UUGUAUCUUUACCCAUGAUAACUUGUUGAUUGUUGUUAUAUUUUAUCAUCAUUAUUAUUUGUUUACUUUAAAAGUUUGAAAAAUCAAUUAAGUGAAUCACAAUUAAAGUCUAUUUUAAUUUAAUUGCUGUAAAAGGAUAAUAAUUGUUCAAUAAUUAGUAAUCAAAAUGAUGGAAGUGGAUAAUAAUGAAUCUACCUGUUGGUUUAGUAUUGAUGAUGAUGAAUGUUCAUCUAAUUCAGCUAAAAUCUCAUCAACAUUAUCAACACUUUCAUCAUUAAUUAAUGCAGCGACAUCAACAGCAACUUCAUCAUCAUCACUAUCUUCAUCUUCAUCUUCAUCCUCAUCACCCUCACCAACAACAACAACAAUAAACAUGAAAGGUGAGAAUGAAAAACUUUCAUGUUACAUGAUGAAAAAGUGUCAACAUAAACAAGUUCCAGUAACGACCAUGAAGAAACGCCGACAAGCGGCCAAUGCUCGUGAACGGAAACGGAUGAAGUCCCUUAAUGUGGCCUUUAAUGAGCUUCGUUCGGUUAUACCUCCGACCGGUGAUAGGAAAUUAUCAAAAUUUGAAAUUCUACAAAUGGCUCAAAAGUAUAUCAACAUAUUAUGCGAUCUGUUGAGAGAUUAAUUGUCCAGCUAAUUAACUUAAUUACGUGUUACCUUAAAUUAAAUCUGAAUACAAAUUCAAUUUUUGUAAAGAGUAAAAAAUUAACCAAUCAACUUUUCGUUGUAUUAAAUAAAUUUGUAUAAACUUAUAUUUAA